GCGGGGCUCCCAGGCUGGCGCCGUGCCUGCGGCGGAGGGUCGCGCUCGGCUGCCCCCAGCGCUCCCAUGGACUUCCCCCGAGGGCUGGCCGUCGCCUGGGCGCUGAGCCUCCUGGCAGGAUUCUCCGACGCCUUCAACAUUGACACAAAGAGGCCCCGAAUUAUACCUGGCUCUAAAGAAGCGUAUUUUGGCUAUACAGUUCAGCAGCACGAGAUCAAUGGGAAGAAAUGGCUGGUGGUCGGAGCUCCCUAUGAAACCAACGGACAGCAGAAGACUGGAGAUGUCUACAAGUGUUCAGUGAAUGUUGAAGCCAACAGCACCUGUUCCAAGCUCAAUCUAGGAAGAGUAACUCUUUCCAAUGUGUCAGAACGCAAGGAUAACAUGCGUCUGGGUCUGAGCUUGACCACAAACCCCAAAGACAACAGCUUUCUGGCCUGCAGCCCUCUCUGGUCUCACGAGUGCGGAAGUUCUUACUACACCACAGGAAUGUGCUCCAGGGUGAACUCCAACUUCAGAUUCUCCAAGACGGUGGCUCCGGCACUCCAGCGAUGCCAGACGUACAUGGAUAUAAUUAUCGUGCUGGACGGAUCCAACAGCAUCUAUCCUUGGGUGGAAGUCCAGCAUUUCCUGAUAAACAUCUUGAAGAAGUUUUAUAUCGGUCCAGGCCAAAUACAGGUUGGAGUUGUGCAAUAUGGGGAGAACGUAGUGCAUGAGUUUCACUUGAACGACUACAGGUCUGUGAAAGACGUGGUGGCCGCUGCAAGCCAUAUCGAGCAGAGGGGAGGCACGGAAACCCGAACCGCAUUUGGGAUUGAGUUUGCACGUUCAGAAGCAUUCCAGAAAGGUGGGCGGAAGGGAGCCAAGAAAGUGAUGAUUGUCAUAACAGAUGGAGAGUCUCACGACAGCCAAGAUCUGGAAAAAGUGAUUGAAGAUAGCGAGAAAGAUAACGUCACCAGAUACGCAGUGGCAGUUCUUGGUUACUACAAUAGAAGGGGAAUCAAUCCCGAAGCCUUUCUGAAAGAAAUAAAAUUUAUAGCGAGCGAUCCUGAUGAGAAGCAUUUCUUCAACGUCACCGAUGAAGCUGCUCUGAAAGAUAUCGUCGACGCUCUUGGAGAAAGGAUUUUCAGUUUGGAAGGCACCAACAAGAAUGAAAUAUCCUUUGGCCUUGAAAUGUCCCAGACAGGAUUUUCAUCACACAUUGUGGAAGAUGGGGUUUUGCUUGGAGCCGUAGGUGCUUAUGACUGGAACGGAGCAGUGCUCAAGGAGACAAGCAGUGGCAAAGUUGUUCCCCACCGAGAAUCCUAUCUCCAAGAAUUUCCAGAGGAGCUGAAGAAUCAUGGAGCCUACCUAGGUUACACCGUCACCUCAGUGGUGUCAACGAGACAUGGCCGGAUUUAUGUUGCGGGAGCCCCCCGGUUUAACCAUACAGGGAAAGUGAUUGUUUUCACAAUGCAUACUGACCGGAAUCUCUCAAUUCACCAGUCGUUGAAAGGGGAACAGAUUGGCGCCUAUUUUGGAAGUGAAAUCAGUUCUGCAGAUGUUAAUGGCGACGGGGUCACCGAUAUUCUCUUGGUUGGAGCACCCAUGUAUUUCAGCGAAGGGAGAGAGAGGGGAAAGGUGUACGUCUAUAUUCUAAGAGAGGACCAAUUUAUUGCCAAUGGGACUCUGGAAGACUUGCCAAGCUAUCAGAACUCCCGCUUUGGCUCCUGCAUAGCAUCUGUCCCAGACUUGGAUCAGGAUUCUUACAGUGAUGUUGUUGUGGGCGCCCCUCUGGAAGAUGAGCACCAGGGAGCGAUCUACAUAUUCCACGGCUACAAGGAAAACCUUCUACGGAAAUAUAAGCAGAGAAUUGCAGCAGCAGAUCUCUCUCCAGGACUGAUGUAUUUUGGGUGCAGCAUCCACGGGCAACUGGAUCUGAACGAAGAUGGGCUCAUAGACCUGGCCGUUGGCUCCCUUGGAAAUGCCGUGCUGUUAUGGUCCCGCAGUGUGGUCCACAUCAAAGCCAGCAUCCGGUUUGAGCCGCUCAAGAUCAACAUCUUCAACAAGGACUGCACCCGAAACGGAAAGGACGCCACUUGUCUGUCUGCGCUGGUUUGCUUCACUGCCAUUUUCCUGUCGGCACACUUCCAGACAGCAAGUGUUGUACUGAAUUACAACGUCACCAUUGAUGAACGCCGAUACGUCCCACGCGCCUAUCUGGAUGAAAAUGGAGACCGGCAUGCUCACAAGGUGACCACAUUGUUUGCAGGACACGAACAGUGUGACCGGCUGGAUUUCCACGUGAUGGAUACAGCAGAUUACGUGAAGCCCGUGACUUUCUCUGUUGACUAUGGCCUCAAUGAUCCAGACAGCGGCCCAGUGAUGGAUGAUGGGUGGCCGACCUCACUGAAAGUUGCUGUGCCUUUCUGGAACGGGUGUAACGAGGAUGAACACUGUAUCCCAAAUCUGGUCCUUGAUGCUAAAACCGACCUUCCAAGUGCCAUGGAGUAUUGCAGACGCCUCCUGCGAAAGUCCCAUUCGGAUUGCUCGGCCUACACGCUGUCCUUUGAUACCUCCAUUUUUGUCAUAGAGAGUUCCAGGAGGCGGGUGGCGGUAGAAGCGACGCUGGAGAACCGUGGGGAAAACGCGUAUAACACCGUUCUAAACAUUUCCUUCUCACGAAACCUGCAGUUUGCAAGCUUAAUCCAGAAGGAUGACCUGGACAUCAACAUCGAAUGCAUGUCUGAAGAAAAGCAUCCAAACAGGAGGGUUUGUAAUGUCAGCUAUCCGUUCUUCCGUGCAAAAGCAAAGGUGGCUUUUCGCCUGGAUUUUGAAUUCAGCAAGACUGUUUUUCUCCAAAACUUAGAGAUCUUUCUUACGGCCAGCAGCGACAGCGAGGAACAGGAAGGCACCAAAGAUGACAAUUCGGCUCUCUUGAAGCUUCAGCUGAAGUAUGAAACCGACCUGCUUUUCACCAGGAGUUCCAGCCAGGACUACUUUGAGAUCCAGUCGAACAAUUCGCUGGACAAAGAGGACAGCGUUGGGCCACCUUUUAAUUGCACUUUUAAGCUCCAGAAUCUGGGCCUCUUUCCUGUUGAUGGGCUGGCUGUCAAAAUCACGGUCCCCGUGGCCACACGAGGAGGGAACCGCCUACUGCAGCUGCUAGAUUUCAAGGAAACCACAAUCUGCACCAUUGGGGGCAACAACACAGAUUAUCGAAGGACACCUUCUGAUGAAGAUUUGGGCCGCCAUCCUCAGCUGAACCACAGUAAUUCUGAUGUGAUCUUGAUAGACUGCCCGGUGAAACUGGCUGCCGGCGAAGAAGUCCGUUUCCGCUUGCAUGGACAUCUGUGGAUGAAGUCACUCCGAGCUCUGAAGUUCAAGUCCCUGAGAUUCAUGAUCCGCGCAGCCUUGCAGCGGGGAUUCCGCAGCGCCUUUGUCUUCAGAGAAGAGGAACCCAGCAGGCAGAUUACGUUUGAAAUCUCCAAGAUAGAGGAGUCUCACAUCCCCAUUUGGAUUAUCAUUGGGAGUACGCUUGGCGGUCUCUUGCUGCUGGCGCUCCUUGUGCUAGCCCUGUGGAAGCUCGGCUUUUUCAAAAGCACCAACCGCAAGAGAGACCCAGCACAAGACCAGAACUCCAAAGACUUGGACUGAGACUGCCAGUUCCCAGCGGGUGAAAUCUGUUACACCUCACAGCCAAGUUGGGAUUGGGGUGAAGGUCUCUAUUUUCAUCGAAAACACUCCCCACUUCUCUCUUGAAAGCAACCAAACUGACCCCAAGGGGCUAGUGGCCACAGAAAGACUCCGCCAGCUAAAGGUACUUCAAACUGGUUUGAACUGCUUCUUUCUGCCUAAGACAUUGGAGAGAUGAGUAUUACACUGCAGGAAUUCUAGAUGACUGUCAAACCUCUGGAAACAGUUCUGUAUCUUUCUACAACACAAUUGUUCCUCAUGUUUGAGAACUCUCAUUUUCCGCUUACAUCCUCACUGGGCAAAACUUUGCGUCCAAAAGAAGAGGAAAACUUACCUCCAGAGUCUCACCCCCCACCCCAGCAGCUGUAGCAGCAAACGUGGAAUGAAUCUUCAGAGGGUUUUUAUAUAGCUAUGGACCAUCCAGGGCCUCAAAGGAGAAAGAGACAGAUUGGGACAUUCUGUUCACAUUGCCUUCCAAGAGCGGAGAUGCCAAUUGUAGCAUGCAUCCAGACAAAUGGAAUUACAUUUCUGAAGCAGCACAGCAUUCCAAUAAUUUGCGGUCUCUGCAGAGUUGAUGCUUGGAUAACAGGGAUUUAAUGGAGCUUGGGAGACUGGCUACGGUGACAACGAAGAGACGUGGUCAAUUGUCAGAAGUUUUGCAUGGAAUCACAGCAACAAGCAUCUUUGUGAGAGACUAGGGCUGAUUCCACACACGUUGGAUAAUGCACUUUCAAUGAACUUUAUCAAUCGUUUGAGGUGGAUUUUUUGUUCCACACACAAAAACAUCCGUUCCAAAUGACCUAUAAAGAGGAUUGGAAGUGCAUUAUCCAACGUGUGCAGAAUGUUUACUCCUGUACCUGAUGCAUCGGACACUAAGCUUGCUGGAGCUCAAAGACCUGCAAAGCUCGGUCCAGACACACAUCCACACACCUCCCUGCCUCUCCCAUUUCCUAAAUGAAGCAGUUGAAGAUCAAGAUGUUUUAUGCACUGAACACAGAUACGGACCGUCGAAAGCACCUUAAUGCAAGCCUUCAAUCCUCAGCUGUAUAUAAUUAUUCUGAAAACGUUUACCUUUCUUUUUUUAAGGGUGAAAAGAUUUUUAAAAACAUAACCAGCUUGAAGUUUUUUCCCCCAGAACUUGUGUAAUUUCCAAAAAACAACAGAAAAAAAAACAGUGUAUAAUGUGUAUAUACUUUUGUAUGAUGGAAAGGUUUUAACGUGACCAGUUUUCCCUUUUGCAUAAUAAUUAUUUAUGCUAUUAAUUUUAAUGACUGAAAAUUGCGGGGAGGGUGGAAUCUGUCCAGCCAAAUGCAAUAUAUGUAAAUUACUAUGGGGAGGGUUUGGACA